GGAGAGGAGCGUCCUUUUGGGAAGCGCGCAAGGGAAGGAGCCCGCCCGGGGGACCCUGCACCUUGGCUUGGGACGUACCUCCGGCGCGCAUCCCAUGUGGCUGGUUCUGCAGCAGCCUCGGCGUGGAGAUCCCGGCCAGCUGGCCAGGAUUUGUCUAUAAUCCACCCAGAAACUGUAACGUACUGGAAGGCGUCUGUCCAUUCCUGAACACAUUGCAUUAAAGGUCAAGAAUUAUGCUAGACAAUUUUAAAGGUUCUUUAAGGCUUCUCAGUUCCAUAGUGGUGCUUGGAUUUCAGCUUGUCAUUCCGCAGCCCUCCAUCGAACACAGAAAGGUUCCACAAAGGAUAGAAGAGCAGAACGCUGCUCCAGAAGAAGACAAUGCAGGAAUUCCAGGUGUGUGGGGCAGCUGGGGUCCCUGGUCGGCUUGUUCCAGGAGCUGCAGUGGUGGGGUGAUGGAACAAACAAGGCCUUGUCUUCCGGGAUAUUAUUAUGAGAGAAGCUAUCACAGGCCAGGACAGUUUUCUGCUUCUGAAAGGACUCUUCCUCAUCAGCAGCCCCAGCACCAGGAAGAGCCGCUGACUCCAUUCUCUGGGCAUGUCAUCUCUGCCAUCCGCACAUCAGUUCCUCUUCACAAGCAGGAGCAGCAGCUGCCCCGAGGAGGCCUCCGGGCUGGAGUCUCCUCCGCAGGCCGUAACGACAGCCAUUUGAGCAGAGGGACCUCCAGAGGAGGCCGGCUUUCUCAGUCUCGGAGGCGUAGCCCCAAACCGGAGAGAAGGGGCAGGAAUAAAAACCCUAUUGGCCCUGGGAAAUAUGGAUAUGGGAAAGUGCCCUAUAUACUACCCUUGCAGACUGACACGGGACAAUUGCCAAGCAAGCCACGGAGGCAGCGGCAGUCUCCACGCAACACCGCCAACCCACAGAGUGCUGGUGUUGUUGAGAACCCAUUUGGUCACUCGGCCAACCCCUCACAUCAUCAUGGAAAUCUGUACCAGGAAGAUCGCAGAGCUCAACCCAGGUCUCAAGUUACCAGUGGCUCCUUCUACCAACAGGCUGCGCCCCAUCUGCAAGUUUUCCCAGCAUCUCAAAGUUUGUUUCAUGGUACUGACUUGAGUGCGCAUGUUCCUGUAUCCCACCAGCCAGUCCAAAGCCACACUCCCUCUCAAAGAACAUCGGCGAUUGUGUGCACUGGAGCUUACAAGCAGUACAAACUCUGCAACACAAAUGCAUGUCCUGAAAACAGAAGCAUCCGGGAAGUGCAAUGUGCAUCAUACAACAACAAGCCUUUUAUGGGUCGAUUCUAUGAGUGGGAACCCUUCGUGGAAGUUAAAGGCAGUCAGAAAUGUGAACUCAAUUGCCGAGCAGUAGGCUACCGAUUCUAUGUCCGGCAAGCAGAAAAGGUCAUUGAUGGGACGCCAUGCGACCAAAAUGGAACCUCGAUCUGUGUAUCUGGGCAGUGCAAGAGUAUUGGCUGCGAUGACUACCUUGGUUCAGACAAGGUGGUGGACAAAUGUGGAAUAUGCGGAGGGGACAACACAGCUUGCAAAGUCAUCUCUGGAGUCUUCAAGCACACCCUGACCAACCUCGGUUACCACAAAAUCGUGGAAAUCCCAGAGGGUGCCACAAAAAUCAACAUUACAGAAAUGUCCAAGAGCAACAACUACUUAGCACUGCGGAGUCAGUCGGGGAGAUCUAUUAUCAACGGCAACUGGGCAAUUGAUCGACCUGGAAGAUACGAGGGAGGUGGAACCAUGUUCACAUACAAACGUCCCAAUGAAAUCUCAAGUACUGCUGGGGAAUCCUUUUUGGCAGAUGGCCCAACCAAUGAAAUCUUGGACGUUUAUAUGAUUCAUCAGCAGCCUAAUCCAGGCAUACAUUAUGAGUAUAUAAUUCCAGGGCCCAAUGUCAUUAGUCCUCAGGUGCCUCUUCACAGACUGCCAGGAGAGCCUUUCAAUGGCCAGUUAGAUGUGAGCGAGACUGUGAAUUAUGAGGAGGCAGAUUUGCAUAGGGAAAUAGGCACGCACGUGGGGCAGCCUGUGGGGAACUUCCCCGUGAUCAAGCCAGGAAGAUUUCCCUCUCAUCAGCCAAACAACCAGGUGUCUGCUGGUCAACCCCCAAGGCGUAACCGAGAGCACAACUGGAAGCAAGUUGGAAUGACUGAAUGCACCACCACUUGUGGGAAAGGGUCACAGUAUCCCAUCUUCCACUGUGUGAACAGAAAUACUCAUGAGGAGGUAUCUGAGAGCUACUGUGACACCAGCACCAAGCCCACGCCAGAAGAGGAAGCUUGUAACAUUUUCCCAUGCCCAGCCUUCUGGGAUAUAGGGGAGUGGUCAGAAUGCAGCAAGACCUGUGGGCUAGGCAUGCAGCACCGCCAAGUCCUGUGCCGUCAGAUCUACGCCAACCGCACCCUGACGGUCCAGCCGUACCGCUGCCAUCACCUGGAGAAACCGGAGACAACAAGUACGUGCCAGCUGAAGAUCUGCAGCGAAUGGCAAAUUCGGACAGAAUGGACAUCGUGUUCGGUGCCAUGCGGCGUGGGCCAGAGGACCCGAGAUGUCAAGUGUGUCAGUAACCUUGGAGAUGUUGUGGACGAUGAAGAGUGCAACAUGAAACUGCGCCCCAUUGACAUUGAGAACUGUGACAUGGGGCCCUGUGCCAAAAGCUGGUUCCUCACAGAAUGGAGCGACAGGUGUUCUGCAGAAUGUGGCGCAGGUGUCCGAACACGCUCGGUCGUGUGCAUGACCAACCACAUCAGCAGCCUGCCACUGGAGGGCUGUGGGCACAACAGACCCUUGGAAACGACCCCUUGUGACAAUGGGCCAUGUUUGGGGAAAGUGGAGUGGUUUGCUGGGAGCUGGAGCCAGUGUUCAAUUGAAUGUGGCACUGGAACCCAGCAGAGAGAAGUGAUUUGCAUUCGCAAGACUGAAAAUAGCUUUGAUAUGCUGAAUCCCUAUGAGUGCUCUUUUUUGGAAAGACCUCCCAGCCAGCAGAACUGCUACCUCAAGCCUUGUGGCGCAAAAUGGUUCAGUACUGAAUGGAGCACUUGCUCAAAAUCGUGUGAAGGCGGUUUCCGGGUCCGAGAGGUACGCUGUCUUUCCGAUGACAUGACGCCGAGCCCCAAAUGUGACCCACAGCUGAAGCCAGAGGAAAAGGAGCAAUGCAACACUCAGGACUGCAUCCCCGAAAUAGACGAAAACUGCAAAGACAAAUAUUACAACUGCAAUGUGGUGGUGCAAGCCCGUCUGUGCGUCUACACGUACUACAAGACUGCGUGCUGCGCGUCCUGCUUGCGAGUGGCCAACAGGCUGUCAGGGCUCCUGGGGCGCAGAUAACAGCGCCCCCCCCCCAUUGCUUGAAGCGGACUUCUGCACAGUCGUCGGAGCUGCCUGGACUGCAAGGGAUUUUCCCUUGGGAAAGAGAGGGUGGGUUUUUUUUAAUUGGGGAGCACCUCAAGGUGUGCUUCCUGCCCACGUGGGAUCUCACUUCACACACACUGUUAGGAACUCUCUGCCUUGUUGAAAUGUACACUGUAACCAUGGCCUUUAGACAGCAUUGGGUUUAAUCCACUGUGUCCCCUAGAUGUAAGGAGCUGCUUCCUACAGGGUCAUCCCAAUCUCCAGGAUUGCCUGGACAGUAUAUCAUUUUCAUUCAUGCCCACUAAAAUCGCAAACCAGUGAGCCUAGCGUUUGAACUUCACAGAACUAUUCCUUGGGUUCAUUUUCCUUUGCUUCUGCUUGCUCUUUCUCUCUAAAAUGCUGUUUGACUUCUGAAUACUGCGGGAGACAGGUCUGUGCGGACUUUAAUAUUUUUCUAAUGGAGAGUGUUCAUUAAGUAUUGGUCCCUUAAAAUUCAGUGCAAAUUUUGAUCUUUUUCAAGGCGUAGACUGACACGCAGUGCUGGUCUUGUGGUAGCAAGCAUGAAUUGUCUCCUUUGCUAAGCAGGGUCCACCCUGUUUGCAUUUGAAUGGGAGACGACAUGUGUGAGAGUGUAAGAUAUUCCCCUUAGGGGAUGGGGACGAUCUGGGAAGAGCAUCCAACUUCCCUCCCUGGCAUCUCCAAGAUAAGAUGAGAGAGAUACUCCUGUCUGCAAGCUUGGAGAAGCCGCUGCUAGUCUGAGUAGACAGUUUUGAGCUAGAUGGACCAAUGAUCUGACUUGGUAGAAGGCAGCUUCCUAUGUUCCUAAGUUUGCUCAGCAUAGAGUCCCACUGAGCCCAAUGGGGCAUACUUCCAAGUAAGAAUGAAUGGGUUUCCAAAGACCACUCUAAAUUGAGGCUAUUUUUGCACCCCCAGAAUAUUUGGGUGUAGUUGCCCAUCCUGCGGACAUUUCGGUAGUGGAAUCGAAUACUUUCAUGGGAGUCUUGAGUUUUGUUGUUGGAGGCGUGGCUUCCUGUCAGUAGCAGAGUGGCUUUUGGGGUCUCUUUUUUAACUUUAAAAAAUGUCACCAUCUACGUGGAUGGCAGCAGCAUGAAGAAGUAUUUCAGCCUGUCACUUUCCUGAAUAUCUUCCAUAUAUGUUGUUGCUACAGAUAAGGAGUCGGCCAAGCCCUACAUCUUCUGCAAUAGUUUUCCUUUUUAUACCCAUAGUCUUUUCUUUGCUUUCCUUCCCCCUUUCUGCUUUCCUCUUUUUAAUUUAACAUUGCUUUUAAGGGAGAUUUCUGUGGCAACUUGAAAAGUAGCUCAUGACUAGCUAAUCAAAGUUAUUAUGUUACUCUCCUCUUCCUCCCCCUUCUUCCCCCUUUCCUCCCUCUUCCCUUUCUUCUCCUCCUCUUCCCCCCUCCCUUUUUCUUCUUCUCCACUUCCCCUUCCCCUACCCCCUCCUCCCCUACCCUCCUCCUACCCUCCCUUCCUCCCCUCCUCCUCCCCUCCCUUCCUCCCCUCCUCCUCCUCCCCUCCUUCUCUUCCUCCCCUGUUUCCUCCUCCCCUCCUCCUCCCCUCUCCAUCCCCUCCC